AUGGAUGACUGGCAAAUUCCACAAGCACAACAGCAGCAGCAGCAGCAGCAACAACAACAGCAAAGAAUAUCUAUGAACAGUAUUGGUCCAAUUCAUAGUAGUUAUCAGUCGAUACGUACAAGACCUUCACCAUAUCCAAUGAAUGAAAUUAAACAACAUUAUCAUUAUCAACAACAACAACAACAAACAUCAACAAUACCAGUUAAAACUAAUUCAAAUUCUAAUGUUUAUAAUUCUCUUCCUUAUACACCUACUCAUAUGGAACAAAUUCCACAUCAACAACGCAUGAUCACUACAAAAUCUAGUUCCGGUCCCAUAUCUACUUAUAAUGCUGGACAACAACAAAUAAUGUCAGCUCGAGCACGUUCAAUGCCAUAUUCAACACCAUCUUCUAUGUAUAAUCAUUCUUCUGGUUCAAUUUGUCAAUGUACUUCACAUAUGCAGCAUUAUCCAACACAACAACAUCAAAUGUAUUAUCAAAAUUAUUAUCAAUCACAACCAAUAUCUUAUCAACAAAAUUCAAAUUCAAUGAAAUAUGAAACAAUAAAAAAUAAAGUUAAACUACAAUCUGAAGAAUCUGUUUCAUCAUCAGCUGCAGCAGCAUCUUAUCAUCCAUCAAUUUGUACAAAUUCAUAUAUACCAGCUCAACAAUUACCACCACAAUCAACAACUAUGUCACAAGAAUAUCAAACAUUUUCAAAUCAAUCACAAAUAUUUCCUAGUCCACCAAGUAAUCCAAGUACACCUUAUCAAGGUGAAUUUAAUGGUAAUACUGAAUUCGGUGUUCCAUAUCAUCAAGGACAACCAAGUUCAGUUAAUUCACUUACAGAUGCACUAUGUCCUAGCGGUGAUACAACUGAUCGUCAAAUGACACCUGGUCCACCGAGUGUUGGCACACCUCGUGUUGCGCAACAUCAAUAUUCUUUUCCACAAACACCUUUAACACCUACAACGUCAAGAUUACCAAAUGAACAAAAUAUCGAUGAACUUACAGCAUUUUUACAAGACCCAAGCAAUAUUUAUCUAACAGAUGAUAUUACAUCUACACUUCUCGAUGAUAUUGAAGUUUUAGCUGAUACAUAUUUAGGUGGAAGAGCAGGAAAUGAACAUCAAUCAACUAUUGACAAUAGUUUAGAUUAUGAUAUUAUUUUAAAUUAUCUCUGUUCUGAUGAUCUCAUAAUUAGUCUUGUAGUGAUAGCACAACAACCAUAUCCAUGUAUAACACCAUCACAAUGGGAAGCAACUGUUUUUGAUAGUAAUGAACAAGAAAUCAUCCGAGAUUUUGGUAUUCGAUCAGAUGCUCAAUCAUAUGGUGAAGCUUAUGUUGGUACUGCAGUUAUACUUGGAUUAGGUCUUCUUGUUACUAUGUGGGGUGCAAAUUAUACAACAUCAUCUAAUGAUACUAUUCGAGAUUUUGGAUCAUGGACUUAUCAACAUUGUCUUCCAGUUAAUCUUAUACGAUAUAGUCAAAAAUAUGGUAGAACUCAAACAACAUUCUUUAAUAUUAUACCCAGUAUUAGUAAUACAAGUGUAUUUAUACCUCGAAAAGAAUGUCUUACAGAAGAAGAAAAAUACUUGUUAUAUGAUAAAUCAUCGAAGAUGACUAAUGUAUAA